AUGGCCAUAAAAUCCAAACUGAUCACAUCUCUACUCCUUGGCUUUUCAACCUUGGCCUUAUUAAUCCACACCUCUAAUGCUGGUGGCAUAGCCGUCUACUGGGGCCAAGCCAGCAAUGAAGAAACCCUAAUCAAAACUUGCGAGUCUGGAAGAUACAAAUAUGUCAUCAUAGCCUUUCUCAACAAGUUCGGCAACGGUCAAACACCGGAGCUCAACCUCGCCAGCCACUGCAACCCCGCCGGUGGCGGCUGCCAGGUGGCUAGCAAUGGCAUAAAGGCUUGUCAAAAGAAAGGAAUCAAAGUGCUUCUUUCCAUUGGAGGUGGCAUAGGAAAGUACACUCUAACUUCCACAGCCGACGCCAAAAAGGUGGCCGACUACUUGUGGAACAACUUCUUGGGUGGCAAGUCCAACUCUCGUCCCUUAGGCGACGCCGUUUUGGAUGGAAUAGAUUUCGACAUCGAGCUCGGAAACACACAACACUACGACGAUCUGGCAAAGGCUUUAAAGGCUCACAGCACGAAAGUUUUACUGAGCGCAGCUCCUCAGUGUCCGUUUCCAGAUAGGUUCGUUGGUGAGGCGCUUAAGGCUGUGACUUUUGACUAUGUUUGGAUUCAGUUUUACAACAAUGCUCCAUGCCAGUAUAACGCUGAUACCGGUUCUGUCAAGAACCUUCUUGACUCUUGGGCCGAAUGGAACCGAAAGCUAAAGGCUAAGAAGAUCUUUAUGGGGUUGCCGGCGGCCAAGAAGGCAGCCGGAAGCGGGUACAUUCCGCCGAGUGUGCUGAAAGAGAAAGUUCUUCCCAUAAUAAAGAAAUCGCCAAAAUAUGGAGGCAUCAUGCUGUGGAACAAGUUUUAUGAUCUUCAGAAUAAAUAUAGUCAUGCCAUUCUCAAAAGUGUUUGA